ACCGGGCGUACUAAAAACGACGUGUCGUCAUGCCGCCGAGGCGAUCCCGUAGAGUCGUCGGUUCUGUUGUCCGGACAACCACAAGAGUAGUUGAAGAAACCGUACAAGUAGCGGUUGUGGAGAAAGAGAGCCAAGAUUUAACUCAAGAACCUGACAUGGCAGAAACCCCCGACGGUGGCGGUGAAAUGUUCCGGAGGACUGUCCCGGUGGAAGAGAUUAAGGCUCAUCCACAACAGCCGAUAAGUCAUCCUGUGUCUGAAGAUUUCGAGUUGAGAAGGGCAACAGAUUCGACUUCGCAGCUGACUGAGGACACCGCAGUGACUCCGGAGAUGGAACCCAAGAUCCGGAAAGGAAAAAAAGGUAGGAGGAGGAGGAAGAAGAAGAAGGAGAAGAAAAGGGAAAUUAAGGAAGGAAAAAGGAGAAGCAAAAAGAGUGGUGGUGGUGGUGGAAGAGAGGGAUAUAAGAGGUAUGUGUUCAAGGUGUUGAAGCAAGUUCAUCCAGAGGUAGGAAUUUCAGGACAAGCUAUGCUUAUUUUGAAUAAUUUCAUGAAUGAUAUGUUUCAAAGACUUGCAGAAGAGGCAACCAAACUCUCCAAAUAUACAGGUGGAAUGACCCUGUCGUCAAGGGAAAUACAGGGGGCGGUGAGGUUGGUGUUACCCGGGGAGCUGGGGAAGCACGCCAUUGCUGAGGGAACUAAAGCUGUGUCUAAUUAUGUAUCCUAUGGUAAUAGAGCAACAAAAUCCAAAUUACCUUAAUUAGUUACCUUUAUAAUCACUCUUCCUUUUUUUUUUUUUUUCUUCUUUGUAUAUUUUGUAAAUGUGGUUUACUGAUCUAGUAUGUUACGUAAAAUAAUAUUCCUUCUGCUAUCUCUCUUUCUCUCUCGCUCUUUGGCUAAACCUUUUAUUAAGUAAAUAAUAAAGGAUUAUCCAACCCCAAAUUGGAAAUUCUCUCUUUUGUGGGGCGAAAAAGAAAAGAAGUAAUUUUAAGAAAAAAAGAAAAGAAGUUUUGAGAAAAAAGAAUAUCGAGCAUGGUGUUG